AUGAAGCCUCCGUCUUCCUUGGGCUCUUUGCUCAUAAUUCUCUCAUUAUGGACAUCUUCAACUCAAGCCGAAGAUAGAUCCCCGGAGAGAGUAUGCUAUGAUUCGUGUUUUACGUGUCUAAAGCCGGUCCAAUUCGAUGAUACGCUGCGCAACCACACCAACUUCCUAACAACGCUAUGCUACAGCCCGAAAGCGAUUUUGUCUCUUUACUUAUGCUUGGAUGUUUAUUGUAUGCCUGGGGCGAGAGAUGCCGGUCUGACGCCAUUCAACGACACGUGCCGGGAGCAGGCUCAUAUUGUUCUUCCGCCAUUUGAUGUGAUUUCAAAUUAUACUGCAGAGGAUAUCAAGACAAUACACCGCGUUGAGCAGAAUGAGACUGAGGGAGCGAUCUUGUUUUCAGAAGUUGUCAUACCCUCUGAGACCUGGUUUGGCAUUUGGUGGGACACUUUGGACUCAGUCGCAUAUACAUAUACGCAUCAUGAUCUAUACGGUCGCGUCAUGAUCAUCUUCUGGGUGGUGGUAAUUGCUAUCGGGGUCCUCAACCAUGCCAUUUCUCGAAUCGCCAACCUACAAGUGGUUCGUAACCACUCUUCAAAGUCCGGUGGACGUCUUUGGAACCUCUACUCUUCAGCCAUAAGCCGCCUCACAGUCCCAGCUACGUUUGGAAACCGUUGCGCACAGAAGGUUGGAUGGGGGACAGUACCCCCUCGAUUGCAGUCUCUUACGCUCUUUGCUUUCCUUUUCCUCAACAUUGUUCUGAGCAUCCACGGAUAUAAGAUUGUUCCUGUUAACAUGUAUUUCCCAUCUACAGAGAAGCAAAUUCUUCGAUACGUCUCAGAUCGCACAGGUGUAAUCUCAUUCGCCAACUUUCCACUGAUUUGGCUUUUUGGCAUGAGGAAUAAUCUCCUUAUGUGGUUGACUGGUUGGGACUUUGGAACUUAUAAUAACUUCCAUCGUUGGGUUGCUCGCAUUUCUACUGCUCAGGCAAUUAUCCAUUCAAUUGGCUAUACGCUUUUGAUAUUCAGAGAGGGUGGUUGGGAUUAUUACGUGUUCUGGUGGUCCUACAUGUUUUGGUGGGUUGGCGAAAUUGCAACCAUCGUCAUGUCGCUUCUUGUAGGAGCUUCGUUUUACUGGAUCCGACGUCAACAGUACGAACUAUUCUUGGUCGUGCACAUUAUUAUGUCAAUCAUUGUCUUGAUUACCAUGCUCGCCCACGUUUCCAUCUUUGAGGGCGAGUACGAUGUGUUUUUCUGGGUUCCUUGCUUCAUCUGGGUCGGCGAUCGUGUCAUCCGAGCACUUCGAAUUGCAGCUUUCAACCCAAAGCUGUGGGAUACAUGGGCCACGUCCGUGUAUCACCCUUCUUCGAACAUCGUCAGGCUUGUCAUUCCCUGGUCGAGCAGUCUGUACAAACCCGCUCCGGGAACCUAUUACUAUAUUCACGUUCUAAAUGGACCUCGGUGCUGGGAAAGCCAUCCGUUCACUGUUGCCGCAGUCACAGAAGAGGGUCAGCAUGGCUCCAAGCUGUUGGGAGAACAAGUCCCUCUGCUUGAAAACAAUUCAUCCGAGCAAAGCUUAAAUCCUCUUGAACCCCAGGAAAUCUGCACGGACUCUCGCACAAUGACAUUCUUGAUUCGACCUUAUGAUGGUUUUACUUCGAGACUUCGAGAUGCAGCUUCAGCAGAGUGGCCCAAGAACGUUCCGCAGCGAGUCCUUGUCGAUGGGCCAUAUGGACACACCCAGCCUCUACAUCUCUUCGACAACGUUGUUUUCGUCGUCGGAGGCAGUGGCAUAGUCGUGCCACUAUCAUAUCUCCAGGUUCUCACAGGCUCAACAGCUCCACGAUCUGUAAGAAUACACUGGGCAGUUCGCGAACCCGCCUUCGCACUAGACGUCCUAAAAACAGAUAUCGCCGACGCAUUGGGAAGUGCGAAUCUUAGUAUAGACAUCCAUCUCACAACGCAUACUCCCCAAGAUGAGCUGAGUGAUUGGCCAUCACAAGUCACGUUACGCCGUGGUCGAAUAGACGCCUCUUCAGUGGUGCGAAAUAGUAGUGAGAAGGCUACUGGUGAAAGCCUGGCGGUUGUUGCGUGUGGACCUGCGCAGAUGGCGGAUGAUGCUAGGAAGACGGUGGCUGAUUUAUUGCGGAAUGGGGUGGUGCGGAUAGAGUAUUUUGAAGAGAGCUUCCAGUGGUAA